AGAAUGUGAAUGGACGCAGUUCAGCACUACAAAACCGGCAUUGGAUCUAUCUAAUGUUUCAUCGCAUCAAGAUUUUAAACAAGGAGAUAGGAAUUAAAUGACUUGGUUGUCAUAAUUUCGAGAUUAACGUUACGCACGGAUUUUGCCAAUCGAGAAUAGCAUACGAGGUUUUGUCAGAUACAGUUUAACUUAUUUGUUUUCUGUUUUAUUUGGCGUAUCCAACAUUUUGCCGUUAUUUAACUGAGUGAAAUCAGUCUAGCAGGAAUCCUGAAAAUGGACGGAAUGAAUUGCUUUACUACGAACAGGAACAUCUUGUGUCUAUUUGAUGUGGAUGGCACACUGACACCGGCAAGACAGAAGAUCGACCCGCAACUGGAUGACUUUUUCCAGUCUCUGCGGAAAAAGGUGAAGAUUGGCGUGGUGGGAGGGUCAGACUACUGCAAGAUUGCUGAGCAGCUGGGAGACGGAGAUGAAGUAAUCCACAAGUACGACUACGUGUUUGCUGAGAACGGGACAGUGCAAUACAAAGACGGCAAGCUCCUCUCCAAACAGGCCAUUCAGAACCAGCUGGGAGAGGAGCUGUUGCAGGACCUCAUCAAUUUCUGUCUCCGCUACAUGGGACUCAUCAAGCUUCCAAAGAAAAGGGGGACUUUUAUUGAAUUCCGCAAUGGAAUGCUGAAUAUUUCACCCAUCGGAAGAAGUUGUACUCCAGAGGAGCGUCUCGAGUUUUCAGAAAUCGACAAGAGGGAGAAGAUUCGAGAGAAGUUUGUACAGGCCCUUCAGCAGGAGUUUGCCGGGAAAGGACUACGGUUCACCAGAGGUGGUCUUAUCAGCUUCGACGUGUUCCCUGAGGGCUGGGACAAGCGGCUGUGUCUGCAGGUUCUGGAGGACGAGGGCCUGGAUGCCAUCUACUUUUUUGGCAACGAGACAGACCUGGGUGGAAACGACUACGAGAUCUUUGAAGACCCGCGCACCAUCGGUUUCACCGUCUACUCCCCCGAGGACACGGCGAGGCUCUGUCGAGAGCUCUUCUACAACGCACCUCCCAACGAAUCAUGAUGGCCCAGAGGAGGACGAAAAAGAAGAGCCAUGUCUUCUCAGAAAAGACUUAUUUUUUCCCAAUUGUGUUUGGAAAAUGCACUGCUGAGAAGUGCUUCUUGAGUCAAACUGGGGACUGAUAUCGUGAUCAUCUCCACAAAGUGUACCAACCACUACUGAUUUUUUUUUUAAUCCAAAGUUUUAUUCUUGUUGUUUGUUGAUGUUUUCAUUGUCAUUGUGAAUGAUGAUGAUGGUGAAGAUCAUUUUGGAAUCAUUCCCGAGUUCUGGAACUUUAACAAGAGAACAAUUUUUCCAGCACUCCCUGGAUGCUGCAACUGCCAGAUUUUUGUGGCACUUUUGGUCGCUUGCUAUCAAGAAUCCCAACUGACACAAGGCCACAGUGGAUGAACCCAAUCGUUCUAUACUUAUAGUCUCUGAUUUGUGAUGAGUCAUUGAAACAUUAGAAGUUUCUGAAAUGAGGAAAAAAAUCUUAAAGCUCGAUAAUAUUACUGUAUUUCCCAGGUCAUGGUUAGAUUUUCAAAGGCCGUCCAGAAAUCAUCACGCAGACAGUGUGAUGAUGUGGAUGUCAAAGUAUCAGUGUGGUGAAUGCAUCGUUGUGGGGACUUGUUUUGCACUCUCACUUUACCACAGCGACCAUGCUGUGGUGCAGACGAUCCGUUUACAUUGUUAAUGUAGCAAACGAAAAGCGUGAAUCAUUUCAAGGGUGCACAACGUAAUACUGUAUAUAUUUAGACAAAGGGAACAAGUGAGUCAAAGGGAUGGAAGAGAGAGAGAGAGAGAGAGAGAGAGAGAGAGAGAGAGAGGGAGGGAGGGAAGGGAUGGGAUGGGAAGGAGGGAUGAUGCAUAGUUCUUGUCAAUAGUGUUUUAUUAUAAGGCCUCUGAACAUUCCCAGAAGACAGACAUUGUCCAGUGAAUCAUACUCCACCGUCAGCUAGAGCAGCCACAGGAAGUCUGGCUGUUUAAAAGGCAGGGGAGAUACAAACAGACUGGGUGUAAAUACAACCCACAUAUCAUUUGGGCAUGAAUCUUUUUGACGUGCCCCGUAUCCAGUCACCACAUGACUUGCUAUUUAUUUGAAGUUCAGUUAAUGAAGUAAUUAUUAGUUAUGUGUGUGUUUGUGCGGCAGAGACUUUGUGCUUCUUUAUACAGCCAAAGAGGAUACUCUUCUGUUGUGAUGUCAUGUUAUGUAAACUCUGCUGAUUAACAUGCAGUUGGGAGUUUCUCUGCAAAUGCAUGGCAGGAAUUAUAGUAACCAAGAGUCAUCCAUUCAGGAAGCAUGAUUUCUCCGUACCUACGCAUUUUUUUUUUGCCUCAUUGGGCAAAUGAAACAGUUGGAAUGCCAAUGCAGCAUCCAUGUAAACACUCCAAACUAAUUUGUGUGAGUGCCUGUGUGUGGGAGAGAGAGAGAAUGAGAGAGAGAGAGAGAGAGAGGGAAUGAGAGUUUGUUUGUGUAUGCGUGCGUGUGUGUAUGUGUCAUUGUUCUGACACCAUGCACUAAUUAUAUGCAGUAACAUUUGUGAAUAUUUCAUUACAGUAAAGUGUUUUGAAAUCAUUGAUGGCUGUGCCUUUGUCUUUAUCCUCUUUACUUUUGCUAAACGUGGAUGUGAACAGCUGCAAAAACAUGGAUACAGGUACAUGUACAUUGUAAUUUAGUAUAAUGCCAUGUUAUCCAAUUCUAUUUAUUCCAUGCAACAUUGAAAUAAAUAAUGACUCUUCAAUCCAUAAAGCA